AUGGCGCCUUCUCUCGUCGACAACCCCCAGAUCAAGUAUGCCGAGCUCCUGACACCCAAGCCGACUGCUCUGCAUGCCUACGUAUGGCCCUUCACCAUCCUUUGGCCCAUUUUCCUCGCCUUCUACCUGACCCCGGACCUGUACGAACGCUACCUUGGCGCACAAGAGUGGACGUUUGUCUGGUCGGGCACCAUCAUCACCCUCCAAAGUCUGGUCUGGCUAUGUACUCAUUGGAGUGUCAACCUGAGGGCCAUCUUCACAGCGUCCAAGGUCAAAUCCGUCGAAGAAGCUGAGCUCAUCAAGGUCAUCCCCAUCGCAAAUGCCGGCAUAGCCGACAUCUGCAAGUUGUCGCGGGACAAGGUUGGCGACAAGGUGAAUGUGUCUUUCCUUUUCCAGAAGCGACGCUUUCUCUAUUACCCAGACACGAAGUCUUUCCGUGCCCUGACCUAUGUUAUCGACGCCGAGCCCGCACCUCUCCUCUCGAGUUUCCAAAAGUCCAAGGGUAUCACGAGCGCCGCCGAGCUUACAAGGUUGGAGCAGCACUAUGGGACCAACACUUUCGAUAUCCCAGUUCCUACCUUUACCGAGCUCUUCAAGGAACAUGCCGUUGCGCCAUUCUUCGUUUUUCAGAUUUUCUGCGUUGGCCUCUGGCUGUUGGAUGAAUACUGGUACUAUUCCCUCUUCACUCUGUUCAUGCUGGUUGCCUUCGAGAGCACAGUGGUGUGGCAGCGCCAGCGCACCAUGAAUGAGUUCCGCGCAAUGAGCAUCAAGCCGUACGAGAUGUGGGUGUACCGCCUAGGCAAGUGGACCGAGAUCUUCAGCGAUAAAUUGCUUCCCGGAGACCUCGUAUCUGUCAACCGAACAAAGGAAGACAGUGGUGUUGCAUGUGACAUGCUUCUCGUCGAAGGUACCGCGAUCGUCAACGAGGCCAUGUUGUCUGGCGAGAGCACGCCCCUGCUCAAAGAGUCCGUCCAGCUUCGCCCCGGUGACGUCCCUAUCGAUUCCGAAGGCUUGGACAAGAACGCCUUCCUCUGGGGUGGCACCAAGGUUUUGCAAAUCACGCAUGGUACGGCUGGCGAGGAGAAGGUAGCCGUUGCUUCAGGAGUUCCACCGCCGCCUGAUAAGGGUGCCAUGGCAAUCAUCAUUAAGACAGGAUUCGAGACGUCUCAAGGCAGCCUGGUUCGCACCAUGAUCUACUCAACCGAGCGUGUUUCUGCCAACAAUGUCGAGGCCCUUCUGUUCAUUUUGUUUCUCCUCAUCUUCGCCCUUGCAGCCUCGUGGUACGUCUGGGACGAAGGUGUCAGAAAGGACAGAAAGAGGUCUAAGCUUCUACUCGAUUGUAUUCUCAUUAUCACGAGCGUGGUGCCUCCUGAGCUUCCCAUGGAACUCAGCCUUGCGGUGAAUACCAGUUUGGCUGCUCUUGCUAAAUACGCUAUCUUCUGCACGGAGCCUUUCCGCAUUCCGUUUGCUGGACGAGUUGAUGUUGCAUGCUUUGAUAAAACAGGAACCCUAACAGGCGAAGAUCUCGUGGUAGAGGGCAUUGCCGGGCUCGGAUUGACUCAUCCUGAAUCUGGGACCGACACCCCACGAGAGUCGGAUGGUGCCCACAGCCAUAUGACCGCAGUCCACGAGGCUGGAUUGGAGACAACUCUGGUUCUCGCAACGGCACAUGCGCUUGUGAGAUUGGACGAGGGUGAGGUUGUUGGUGAUCCUAUGGAGAAAGCCACUCUGGGGGCACUAGGCUGGAACUUGGGAAAGAACGAUACUCUGUCCCAUAAGCCUGCCAUUGCCGCAGCUGGUGGUACUACUGGUUCUGUUCAGAUCAAGCGUCGCUUCCAAUUUUCAUCGGCUUUGAAGAGACAAAGCUCUGUUGCAACUGUUCACGGUAAAGAUCCUAAGACAGGACAGCGAAUCCAAGGAACAUUUGUUGGAGUUAAGGGAGCGCCAGAAACGAUCCUAAAAAUGCUGGUCAAGGUUCCUGCGGAUUACGAAGAAACGUACAAGUACUUCACUCGCAGAGGUUCUCGCGUGCUGGCACUGGCAUACAAGCAACUGACCACUGACAAUGAGCUGGGUGCGCACAAGAUCAACGACUUGAAGAGAGAAAAUGUCGAAGCUGGGCUCACUUUUGCCGGCUUCCUGGUUCUUCACACUCCUCUCAAGGAUGACGCCAAACAGGCGGUGCAGAUGCUUAAUGAGAGCAGCCAUCGUGUUGUCAUGAUCACUGGUGACAAUCCUCUUACCGCCGUGCAUGUCGCAAGGGAGGUUGAGAUUGUUGAUCGCGAUGUCUUGAUCUUGGACGCACCGGAGCAUAACAACGCCGCUGGCGAUAAGCUCAUAUGGCACAGCGUGGAUGGUCACACAAGCAUCGAUGUCGAUGCUACCAAACCCAUUGACUCGAAUAUUCUAAUGAAUUACGACCUCUGUGUCACCGGUUACGCUCUCGCUAAAUUCCAGGGCCAAGUUGGGUGGAAACAGAUUUUGCGUUACGUCUGGGUUUAUGCUCGUGUUUCUCCCAAGCAGAAAGAAGAAUUGCUACUGGGUUAUAAGGAUAUGGGCUAUUACACUCUCAUGGCUGGUGAUGGAACCAACGAUGUCGGAGCCCUGAAGCAGGCACACAUUGGUGUUGCCCUUCUCAACGGAACCCAGGAGGAUCUUACUCGCAUUGCAGACCAUGCUCGCAACACCAAGAUGAAGGAACUGUACCAGAAGCAGGUGGACCUGAUGAAGCGCUUCAACCAGCCAGCCCCCCCUGUGCCUGUCAUGAUCGCUCAUCUCUACCCACCUGGACCGUCCAACCCCCACUACCAGAAAGCUAUUGAGCGUGAAGCGCAGAAGAAGGGUGUGUCACCUGAGGAGUAUGCCAAAGCCAACGGCAAUGCACAAAUGGAGACAAUCACUUCUGCUGGCGCUCAGCAGCUAUUGAACUCUGAUCCUCGACAAGCCAAGCAAGCCGAAGCCGCAAAGAAGGCAGCCAGCUUCGCUGACAAACUUACUCAGAGCAUGAUGGAUAAUGAGCUAAGCGAAGACGAACCGCCAACCCUCAAGUUGGGUGAUGCAUCAGUGGCGGCACCCUUCACCUCCAAGCUUCGCAAUGUCAUCGCUAUUCCCAACAUCAUCCGUCAAGGCCGAUGCACUCUCGUUGCCACGAUUCAGAUGUACAAGAUUCUUGCCCUGAACUGUCUUAUCAGCGCCUACAGUUUGAGUGUUCUUUACCUGGAAGGCAUUAAGUUCGGCGAUGGACAGUAUACUAUCAGUGGUAUGCUCAUGAGUGUGUGCUUCCUCUCCAUAUCUCGAGCCAAGUCCGUCGAAGGUCUAUCAAAGGAACGACCCCAGCCGAACAUUUUCAAUUUCUACAUCAUUGGCUCGAUCCUGGGCCAGUUCGCGGUCCACAUCGUCACGUUGAUUUACAUUGCCCGAUUCUGUGACAAGCUUGAGCCCCGAUCCGAAAUGGUUGACCUUGAGGCUGAAUUCAAGCCUUCGCUCCUGAACAGUGCGGUCUAUCUUCUACAGCUUAUCCAGCAGAUCAGCACCUUUGCUGUGAACUACCAGGGUCGACCAUUCCGAGAGUCUCUGUCCGAAAACAGGGGCAUGUUCUACGGUAUCGUUGGUGUGACCGCCAUUGCCUUCGCUUGCUCCACCGAGCUUAUCCCCGAACUAAAUGAGCAGAUGAAGCUUGUGUCAUUCAGCGAUGAGUUCAAGACGACCAUGACUACAGUGAUGGUCAUUGACUAUGCGUCGUGCUAUGUCAUUGAGGUCGUUCUCAAGAGACUGUUUUCAGAUUUCCGUCCACGAGACAUUGCUGAGCGUAGACCUGAUCAGCUCGAGCGUGAGAGAAUCAGAAAGGAGGGUGAGGCGAAGCUCAAGGAGGUUGAGGAGGAGCAGAAGAGGCUGGAGAAGGUUGCUGAGUUCGAGAGGAAGGUCGAGGAGCGCCGACAGCAGCUGCAGGCGUGGCGAAACUCGCGACAGGCUGCGUAA